CAGUAAAAGGAAAGCCUAGCGCACCUUUAAAGUGUUAUAAAGUUUAUAUUGGGUAGCUGUGUUCCAAUAAAGGGAUGAACCGGGCUUGGAGAUCUAAUCCCUUCCCCAGUCACAGCACCGUUACCCUUCCAGUGCAGAGAGCUGGGAGAGAGAACGUCGUUUGCACAUCCACCGAUACAGUCAUCUUAAAAAAAAAGCAAUUUAUUUUUUUUUCUCUUAAUUUAUUUUGCUAUGAAGCUAUUUUAAACGUAUUGGGAAAUGAAGAGUGGGACAAAAAAAGAGAUCUUGAAAUGGCAGGCGCUGUGGUUUCAUUUCUUUCUCUCGUGGAAUACAAUAUAUGAACAGAUCUGAUACACAAUUCCAGAGGAGUUAAAUAAAUGUUCUUUGUCGGGAAUUUAACAAAGGAUUUGGGACUGGAUGCAACUGAAAUUUUCCACCGUAAACUGCGGAUAGCUUCUGAAGCGGGUAAGCAAUAUUUUACUGUGGAUUUGGGAAAGGGCGAUUUGGUUGUGAGUGAGAGAAUCGACAGGGGGUAUCUAUGUGGACAAAUCGCCAGUUGCUUGUUACCUCUGGAAGUUAUAAUUGAAACACCAUUGCAGCUACAUCGGAUUGAGAUUGAAAGCCAAGAUGAUAAUGAUCUUAAAAAUCCCCGAGUCCAGAAAUCCCGGUACUCGAUUUCCACUGGAGAGCGCGCAGGAUCCUGAUGUUGGUACGAAUAGAUUACAUUCUUAUAAUGUAAACACAAAUGGAUAUUUUACUUUGAAUGUUAAAAAUCUCGAAGAUGGUAGAAAAGUUCCGGAAUUGAUUUUGGAUAAAUCACUGGACAGAGAGACAUCGUCUUUUCACAAACUUGUGUUGACAGCUAUAGACGUGGGCAAUCCUGCCAGAUCAGGGACUACACAGCUGAAGGUAAUGGUUGUGGAUAACAAUGACAACGCACCCCAGUUUGAUAAAGCUCUUUAUAAAAAAUACCUGAACGAAAAUACUCCUCCAGGAAAUGUUGCCAUCAAACUUAAAGCUAUUGACUUAGAUGACGGAGUUAAUGGAGAGGUGCAGUAUUAUCUUGAUGACUUAACUCCAGACGUCGUACAUAAACUGUUUAAUUUAAAUUCGCAGACGGGUGAGAUAACGGUAACAGGACAACUGGACUAUGAAGAGACCAAUUUGUACGCAAUUGACGUGAUAGCUAAAGACAAAGACAAUCCAGAAAUGGAGGGACACUGCAAAGUUCAAAUACACAUUUUAGAUGUGAACAAUAACGCCCCAGAAAUCAUUCUCACUUCACUGCCUAGUCCUGUUCUAGAAAAUGCUUCCAUUGGAACUGUCAUAACAUUAUAAGCGCACGAGAUUUAGACUCUAGAGACAAAGGGAAGAUAUAUUUACAAGUACCAGCAGACUAUCCUUUUACUUUGAAACCUUCCUUUCUAAACCACUAUGCAUUAGUUACCGAUGUGCUCUUUGACCGUAAAAUAGUUCCUGUGUAUGACAUAGAAAUAAUAGCAACAGACUCUGGGUCACCACCUCUCUCAACAAAGAAAACAAUCACUGUUAACAUUUUAGAUGUUAAUGACAACCCUCCUCGGUUCUCACAGCCAUCCUGCUCUGUGUAUGUGAAGGAAAACAACGUCCAUGGGACAUUAUUAUGUUCAGUGUCUGCUUCUGAUCCCGACUUGGAUACAAACUCUCAGCUGUCUUACUCUAUUGUUGAUACCCAGGUACAAGAUGUGUCAGUCUCUUCGUAUAUUUACAUCAGUUCAGACAAUGGCAGCAUUUAUAAGGGACAUUCCUUUGACUAUGAACAGUUAAAAGUUUUCCAGAUCCAAAUACAGGUAAAAGACCACGGGACUCCACUCUUAAGCAGCAAUGUGACUGUCAUUUUGCAUCAAAACGACAAUGCGCCUGCUGUUAUAUAUCCGUUGGUUGAAAUGGGUUUUCUUCCUCAUCAGAAAAUGUCCAUGCUGCUAAAGCAGAAUACCUCGUCACUAAGGUGACGGCAGUGGAUGCAGACUCUGGUCAGAACGCGUGGGUUUCCUAUCAGCUUAUACAGGCUACAGAUGACACCUUGUUCAUUCUGACUCUUUAUACCGGGGAGAUUAGGACUAAACGCGGUGUUCUUGAGCAGGAUGACGCCUCCCAGAGGCUUGUUAUAGAAAUAAAAUACAAUGGGGAGCCAGUGCAGUGAACUACAGUUACAGUUACAAUAUCAUUAGAAGAGAGUGUCCAUGAACCCAAAUUAGAUUACCACGAUACAUUUAAAACACAUGGUUAUAAUUAUAGUAACAUAACUCGUUACUUGAUCAUAUCCCUAGCAUCAAUUUCAGCUAUUUCUUUCGUGACUGUUGUUAUAUUAACAGUGAAGUGCAUUAGAAAUAGCAGCGGUAGAUAUUUCAGAGGCGCUGCUUCUAACGAUGGAUAUAAACACCCAAACAGAAACCUACAAAUACAGUUAAACUCUGACGGGCCAAUACAGUACGUUGAAGUUGUAGGAGGUGACGUGCUAUCUCAGAGCCAGUCCUAUAGAUCAUGCUUCUCACCCGUGUCAGAGGCAAGUGAUUUCCCGUUUGUUAAGCCCAGCAGGGAGUAUACUUUCAAGGAUGCUCUAAAUUGUGUUGACAAUACCGGGAUUAAUGCAUUUCAGCAGGU